GCACCUGGGCACUGGUUGGGUGAUGACGAUGACAAAAAAUUUAGAGUUGCUAAUAAUAUGGAAAAGGUGUAGGAAAUAGGAAAAUCUCAUUAAAGCAAACUCCUUUUCAUGUCAUUUGAUGAAGUGGAUUUAAUCGAACCUUCGAGUCCGUGCGCAGUAGUUUAACAAACAAAGUGGAUGGUGAGAGAGAGAAACGUCUGUGUUGAAGGCAAGGAUCCGACCAUAAGAAAGAGAGAUAGAGAGAAAGUGGAUGGUCUUGCUAGGCGGUGAAGGUUAGAUAUUAAACAGUGAUCUGUGGUUGUGGAUGUUUCAUUACUGUCUGUGAUUUGAAGGGGGCAGAUUAACUUUUAGAGCCUAUUGGUUCUGUGAGUAAAUGUCGUCCCGUAGUAUAGUACGAGAUGUGAGGGAUGGGUUUGGAAGCUUAUCGAGGCGAAAUUUUGAGGUAAGGUUGGCAGGAGACCACCACAGGGGGAAAUCUCAUGGCUCAGUGCAUGAAUUACAUGAACAACCUUUAGUAAUCGAGAACAGUCGAUGGGCUAGCCUUCCACCUGAGCUCCUGCGUGAUGUGAUGAUGAGAUUGGAGGCAAGUGAGAGUACGUGGCCUGCCCGCAGGCAUGUGGUUGCGUGUUCCGCUGUGUGCAGGUCAUGGAGAGAAAUGUGCAUGGAAAUCGUCAGAAGUCCUGAGUUUUCUGGCAAGAUUACCUUCCCAGUUUCCUUGAAGCAGCCUGGGCCAAGGGAUGGAACCAUUCAGUGCUUCAUUAAGAGAGACAAAUCUAAUCUGACUUAUCAUCUUUUCCUUUGCCUUAGCCCUGCUUUGCUUGUUGAAAAUGGAAAAUUUCUUCUUUCUGCAAAACGUACCCGGAGAACUACUUGCACGGAGUAUGUCAUUCUGAUGGAUGCGGAUAACAUAUCAAGAUCAAGCAGUACCUACAUUGGAAAAUUGAGGUCAAAUUUUCUAGGGACCAAAUUCAUAAUUUAUGAUACGCAGCCACCAUACAACAAGUCUCGGCUUUCUUCACCUGGUCGAAGCCACAGGUUCUACCCAAAGAAAGUUUCUCCUAAGGUACCCACUGGCAGCUACAACAUUGCUCAAGUUACAUAUGAGCUGAAUGUGCUGGGUACUAGAGGCCCUCGCAAGAUGCACUGCAUCAUGCACUCAGUUCCUGCCAAAGCUCUUGAGCCAGGGGGUUUUGUACCUGGCCAGGCCGAGCUUCUACCUCGCAACCUGGAAGACUCAUUUCGAAGCAUUUCCUUCUCAAAGUCAAUUGAUAAUUCAACCGAGUUCAGCAGCUCUCGGUUUUCUGACAUCGUUGGUACCCAUGAUGAAGAAGAGAAAAGAAAAGAAAGACCGUUGGUUCUUCGGAACAAGGCACCAAGAUGGCAUGAGCAGUUGCAGUGUUGGUGCCUUAAUUUUCGUGGCAGGGUGACUGUUGCGUCUGUCAAGAACUUCCAGCUGAUUGCCGAUACACAGCCUGCUGCUGGUGCACCGACUCCAUCACAGCCAGCUCCAACAGACCAUGAUAAGAUCAUCCUUCAAUUCGGCAAGGUUGGCAAGGAUAUGUUCACCAUGGACUACCGAUAUCCUCUGUCCGCCUUUCAGGCUUUUGCCAUCUGUUUGAGCAGCUUUGACACCAAAUUGGCAUGUGAAUAGAAGAAGAGGAGAUUAUGGUAAGAUGUAGAAGUAGAAGUAGAAGUAGAAGAUUUAAUUUGCAAUGCCGCUCAUAUCUAGUUUUAUAGGGGAUUGGCUGCUUGUAUGCGAUCACUGUACAACCUAGUCAGCAUGGGAAGUGCAGAAAAAAUCUCUGUACGCAAAGGACGCAAGCGUUCGUGUCUUUUCUGUUUUAUUUUUCGACAUAUUUGGGUUAGUUUGUUUCGACUUUCCGUGGGCGACAUUGUCCCUGCGUACGUUGUUAAAAACCUUAUUGUUGUCAUGACACACGAAAACAAACAAGAGCGAGGGAAAAAAUAUUUUUGGGGUCAAACCGUAUAAAUUCGAGAGGUCUUAAAUUCGAUUCUCAAUGAGAAUAA